CAAUAUACUGAGGUCUCUGAAUGUCUGACCCGUAUGUAAAUUCGAUCAGGCUUCCGUAAAAGGAACAACACAUUCUCAAAAUACGUCUGAACAAAUUGGGUCUUGAAUGCAUCCAAAUCCAAACAUGGUCACUGACUUGGAACGGGGCGUUCUUUUCUAUAGACGUGAUCGCAUGAUAAUUCACAAUCCAGGUGAAACGUUUACAAUACAUCAUUUAUGAUAUUUUGGCAAAUUUUGUGCUAUCUUGGUUGUUCAAAUGCAAAAAUCAAACACCCCUUCCAAAGAAUUUGCUUGGAAUAUGUAACUUAAAACUUACAUUCACUGGAAAUUGAGAUAAUUGCAGUACUCGUUCUUCUUUUGGAAAACCCCAUGUUAUGGUGUUAAAAGAAGAUUAGAAAUCGACUCCCGAAUUGUUGAGUUUUCCAACCCUGUCUCCACCAAUAUCGACAGUUGGUCUAUAGGUCUCUAACAGAUGAAAACAACAGGUGUACCGGAACGAAGAUGAAAAGCGCCGUUCGAUUUUGUGCGAGUGUCGGGUUCCUCAUUCUCUUGUGUAUCUUUAUCAUUCACAUGACUGAUGAUGCUCUUCUAGAGCCACUUCCGACGUUUGAGCCGGCGAUGAAUGGAUCGGGAAAGGUUCCGUUGUUUAUACCGAAGAUAAUUCACCAGACGUACAGUUCUGAGGCAGCAGUCCCACGGGUGUAUGCGGACUGCAUCAGAAGUUGUCUUCGUGCGAAUCCAGAUUGGCGCUACAUGUUCUGGAGCGACAAAGACGCCAGGAAUUUUAUAAGAGAUAAAUACCCAACGUAUCUUGGACUGUUUGACAAGUAUGACAACAAACUCUUAAAGGCCGAUGCCAUGCGGUAUUUCGUCUUAGACUUUUACGGUGGGUUGUACAUGGACAUGGACAUGCAGUGCCUCCGUCCGAUCAAGACAUUCCUAGCAGAGAAGCGCUUGGUAUUGGUGCCUGAGCCCCACGUCCAGAGCUUCUUGCUUCACAAGAACUUCAGCAUUGUAACGAACGCUAUCAUGGCUUCCGAGCCGUCUCAUCCAUUUUUGCGGUACGUCAUUGACCAUCUACAGCACUUUCAGCGACACACGUCAAUUAAUAAUGCCAUUUAUGUUACUGGACCAAACAUGCUCCAGAAGGUUUUAGAAGAUUACCAAUCACGAAUUCCCUGUUUGGAGAGUAGAUGCAAGGUCUUUGUAGCAGACCCUACGGAAAUGAUGCCGACAGUAGAUCCAUAUUGGCUCCGACUUAUGAAAAAAUUUACAAAAGACUGCAUGACGAAAACAAACUUUGUAACCUUUGUGGAGUUUAAGACUUGCAUUUGGGUUCAGUUGAAGAAUUACAACCCAUUGUUGACCAACAAAAGUUACACUAACCACGUCUGGAAACACAUUGGCUAUAAGGGUCCUAUAAGUAGAUUUUUUGGCAGGAAAGUGUCAAUUAAAGAUAUUGUGGGAACUGGUAGGGAGAUUGAAAGGUAUGUAAGCGAGCGUUGAUUUGAAAAUCCUGAAGACCGUCAGGUACUUCUUAUUUUGUUAGAUGUGAACGGGGUGGACGGGUCGGCAGUAACAACUGGCUUGCCAAUGAGUAUUGAGAAAGUUGUGUGUAAAUAUUUCCUGAUCACCUUGACUCAUCAAGUGUUAACAUUUACGAAUUGAUCUGUUUGAGCUUAUCGGCUGCAUUUAAAUUUUAACCAGUGAAACAUCAAAGAAAGUCCUGAUGGGACGGCCUAAACCUAUCACUGUGAUGGGAUCCUCAGUUUGAUCAAAACGUCAUGCAUUGUCAUGGUCUAGGUAAGGUAUUUUCAUCAUCCUUCGGUCGACACGUGUGCUGGCUAAUGGACGACUUCAAGGUCAGUGCAACUGGUGUUUUGAGCAAAAACGUACAUAACAAGAAAUGUUUUUAAAAAAAACAUAGGGUGGUUGUUUUUGAUAUGUAAGAAAUUUAUUGGUGAAUGGGAAAAUAAGUUUUUAGAAGGAAUUUGGUAGGAAGGUAAUGGAAAUUACCAGUACUUGUACGGUACUUUUAAUGUUUAUUGUAUAUCUGAGUGAUGAAAAUUAUGUAAUUUUCAAGUUGGAAUACAUGUAA